UACCCUGAACGCCAAGCUUAGCAUUGAUGUUGCCCAAUAAUCGACGUUCGAUAACAGCUUUAAACGAGUACAUGGAGACUCUGUAAGCUAGUGUCAAGUUUCUUGUAACUGCGGACGGAUGGACGGACAAACGGACGAACCGACAGAAGAACGGACGCACGGACAAAUGGUUGGAUGGACGAACGGACGGAUGAACACAUGGAUGGCUGAAGAGAGCAACCAACAGAGGUACUGGCGUAAGGACGAAUGGACGGAUAGAAGGACGCAAGGACGGACAAACCAGGAGAUGAACAGACCAACAAAUGUAAGGACAUACGGACGGAUGGUCGGACAGAAGGUCGGCGCAGGAACGGACAGGCGCAUGAACGGAAGUCUAAGCAGGUUGGGCGCUACUGAGCCAGCCACGCCCCCCUCCCGGCCUGGGUAUGAUUGAUUGUUGGCUGGCUGGCUGAGUGCGGUUGAUUGAUGAAACUGCAAGCAAACAACAAUGCGAAAGGCGGGGGCGGGGGCCACCUGUACCUUGGGCUGCUGCGACUUUUAUCGAUUUAA